AGGGGGCUGCCUGGGGCUGGCUGCUUCUCUGGACACUGCUUCCAGUGGAUCCCCGCCCUGGACUGGAACCCCAGCUGGUAUCCCUUUGAGCUUCUCCCUUGCCAGGGCAUGUUCCAGUAGAUCCCAACGCCGUCCCUUCCCGGCCGAGAGAUGCGUGCUCCCGAGCGCGGGAGAGCCGUGGCGGGCCUGCGAGGCGACGCCGCGGCCUGCCUUCUCUGGUUGCUGCUGCUGUGGCAUUGGGACCCCGGCUGCCGGGCCCAGAGGGCAGGUUGCAAGACUGUCCACUAUGACCUGGUCUUCCUCUUGGACACCUCCUCCAGCGUGGGCAAGGAGGACUUUGAGAAGGUCCGGCAGUGGGUGGCCAACCUGGUGGACACCUUCGAGGUGGGCCCUGACCGCACGCGCGUGGGGGUCGUGCGCUACAGCGACCAGCCCACCACGGCCUUCGAGCUGGGCCUGUUCGGCUCGCGGGAGGCGGUCAAGGCGGCGGCUCGGCACCUGGCCUACCACGGCGGGAACACCAACACGGGCGACGCGCUGCGCUUCAUCACACGCCACAGCUUUUCCCCGCAGGCCGGCGGCCGCCCGGGGGACCAUGCCUUCAAGCAGGUGGCCAUCCUCCUGACCGACGGCCGCAGCCAGGACCUGGUGCUGGACGCUGCAGCUGCCGCCCACCGUGCGGGCAUCCGCAUCUUCGCCGUUGGCGUCGGGGAGGCGCUCAAGGAGGAGCUGGAGGAGAUCGCCUCGGAGCCCAAGUCCGCCCACGUCUUCCACGUGUCCGACUUCAACGCCAUCGACAAGAUCCGUGGCAAGCUGAGACGCCGCCUGUGUGAAAACGUGCUGUGCCCCAGCGUCCGAGUGGAAGGAGACCGCUUUAAGCACACCAACGGUGAAACCAAGGAAAUCACAGGUUUUGACCUGAUGGAUCUGUUCAGUGUGAAGGAGAUCCUGGGGAGGAGAGAGAACGGGAUGCAGAGCUCCUAUGUCCGGAUGGGAUCCUUCCCUGUGGUGCAGAGGACAGAGUGA